AUGGCGGCGACUGCCGCCACCACGGCCGCCACCGCCGGCAAGGCCGUCCGCAGCAGCAGCAGCAGCGCCGGCACCGUCGCCGCGGGCACCAGAAGAUUGCAGCAGCCGCCACAGCAGCAGCCUCAGCCCGCGGCCGCCGCGCCGGCCCAGCCGCCGCCGCAGCCACCGCUGCCGCCGCCCGAGCCCCCCAGGAAGACGCGCAUGGACCCGCGGCGCCGCCAGGCUGCCCUCUCCUUCCUCACCAACAUCUCGCUGGACGGACGGCCGCCGCUGCAGGACGAGGAGUGGGCCGGCGGCGAGGAGAGCGGUGCGGCCAAGCCGGGCGCAGGCAGCGCCUGCGGCGCGAGGACGCGGCUCAGCCUGCUCGCCGCCGCCGAGCGGGGCGGUUGCGGCGCGCUCGCCGCGGCGGGCACGGCGGCGGCGUUGGCAGCUGGAUCGGGCCCCUGCCAUCCGCCGCCCUUGCCGCUGCCGCCCCUGGUCCCCGGCGGCCACGCGACCGUGCUCGGCCCUGGGGCGGCCCGAGGGUUCGCGAGCCCCCUGGGCGCGGGCCGGGCAUCGGGGGAGCAAUUGCAGCCGCCCCGGCCCGCGCCUCUCGCCGCCUGCGUUCAGCCGCAGCUGCCCGACGGGCCCGGGGGCGCCGGGCAGGAGGAGUUGGAGGAAGACGAUGCCUUUACCAGCGUGCACGUGCCGGCGGCCGCCUUCUUGGGCUCCGGGACCCCCGGGAGUGGGAGCGGUAGUCGUGGCCGCCUCAACUCUUUCACUCAGGGAAUCCUGCCGAUCGCCUUCUCCAGGCAGACCUCGCAGAACUACUGUUCCCUGGAGCAGCCGGGCCAGGGGGUCAGCACCAGCGCCUUCGAGCAGCUGCAGAGGUCCCGACGUCGCCUCAUCUCCCAGAGAUCGUCCUUGGAGACCCUGGAAGAUAUUGAGGAGAACGCUCCUCUACGGAGAUGUCGUACUCUCUCAGGUUCGCCCAGACCAAAGAACUUUAAGAAGAUUCAUUUUAUCAAGAAUAUGCGGCAACACGAUACCAGGAAUGGCAGAAUAGUCCUUAUCAGUGGCAGAAGAUCCUUCUGUAGUAUAUUUUCAGUGCUGCCGUACCGCGACAGUGCCCAAGUUGGGGAUUUGAAAUUGGAUGGAGGGAGACAGUCAGCAGGAGCGGUGAGCCUGAAAGAGAUCAUUGGCCUGGAAGGCGUGGAGCUGGGCGCUGACGGGAAGACUGUUUCUUAUACCCAGUUUCUGUUACCCACGAACGCCUUUGGAGCGCGGAGAAACACCUUAGACUCCAUGUCCGCCUUCUCCCAGCUCCGUACCCUGAGCCACCGCAGCCUCUCCAUCGGCCGGGCGAGCAGCACCCAGGGGAGCCUCGACGCAGGUAGCGACCUGGGAGAGUUUAUGGACUAUGACCCGAAUCUCCUGGACGACCCCCAGUGGCCUUGCGGCAAGCACAAACGAGUUCUGAUCUUUCCUUCGUACAUGACCACGGUGAUCGACUACGUGAAGCCCUCGGAUCUCAAGAAGGACAUGAAUGAGACCUUCAAGGAGAAGUUUCCUCACAUUAAGUUAACACUCAGCAAAAUAAGGAGCCUGAAGCGAGAGAUGCGGAAGCUUGCCCAGGAGGACUGUGGCCUCGAGGAGCCCACGGUGGCCAUGGCAUUUGUCUACUUUGAGAAGCUCGCCCUCAAGGGAAAGCUAAACAAACACAACCGGAAGCUUUGUGCCGGGGCGUGUGUGCUCUUAGCAGCCAAAAUUGGAAGCGACCUCAAAAAACAUGAAGUCAAGCAUUUAAUUGACAAGCUGGAAGAGAAGUUCCGGCUGAAUAGACGAGAACUGAUUGCCUUUGAGUUCCCAGUGUUGGUGGCCUUGGAAUUUGCCCUUCAUCUGCCGGAGCACGAAGUCAUGCCCCACUACAGACGCCUGGUCCAGAGCUCCUAGCACAGGCCUCCUAGGAGGGCCGGGACCACUUCCCCUGAGCUCACUGGGGCAGCGCGUACUACUGGAAAUACAAAAAUAGAACUCAACACAGCAAACUUUUCUCCACUCGACAUGUUUUUGUGUAGAAGCAGUACCAGAAACUUUUCAGGGAGUCUUCCAUCUGGCCAGCCGAGAUGGGCUGUGAACCAUUUACUGCUCAGCCAGGAAGGGGAGACCCGAGCAGAAGAUGGCUCUCCCAGCUCCCCACUCACCAGAUUUCCUAGCUGGCCUCACCCAGACUUCCUCGCGACCACACGCAGACCUGGCAGGCGUGGUCCAGGGCCUUCUCUCCAGCCCUGUUCCAACUCGGAGUGCAAAGUUCUAGAGCAGAUUGGGGAAGAGAAUUUGCAGAAGUUGGGAGAGAGCUUCUAAAAGAUACCCUCAGUGUGUCAAAAGAGCGUGCCAAUCUAUUUUUGUAUCCGCUGUUGGAAGUGCACUUUCCUCUGGAGCGUGUGGCUGAGUGUGAGUGUGUUUGAGAGAUGUCACAUCAGGCCUCCACCCGCAGAGCCAGCCCCACCCUCUGCAGAACAGACCUCAGCCUGGGGUCAGGAGCCAGGCUGACCCUCGGCAAUUAUUUCUACCUAAUCUCUGGAUAACAGUCACUCUGUCCGUACCAGGUGGACAGCUUCUGCCCUUAGAAAAUGACAUUGUUUCUGUUACUGCUCCUACCACCCAUGGGACAAAGACAAGCUCUCACUCGGAUGGGCUGCGUGGAAAGGUGUGGCAUGUGACGUUCUAUACCUUUCCGCCAUCGCGUCCUGCGUGUACACGAACCUUCACACUUUCCCUGCUGUGGAGAUGGCAGGGUCGGGAUCCGUGUGUGUAUUCCUGUGCUCUAUGUUAGAGUGCAUCACAGGCACAUUUAUUGUGCUACCUAUGUAUCUACCUGUCUAUAUAAAGUGUUUUAUAAAAUCCAGAUUAGGGGUAAGACGCAUGAUGGGUGUUUUGAGGUUUUUGACAGUUGGGACAAACCGUCUCUUGACUGAGGCUGAGUCAAUCGAAGAGGCAACAGCUCUUAGCAUCACCGUGUCCCCAGGGCUGUCAGUGCAGAGUUUUCGUUGCUACUUGUACCGAUUCACGGGGACGACCUGCAUGGGGACACCUCAUCGCUCUGUGCCCUCGUAGCUGCCGGAGAGAGGCGCCCAUCGUGGUUCACCAGACGGAAGGAAGCCUGUGGCCCUGUAAAGAGAGAAUUAAAAGAUUUUAUUGUUUCUAUAUCCACGUAUGUGUAUGUGUAGACGUGUGACGUCUCACCAAUCACC